UUCACACCUUUCAAUUAAUUUUCUCCUAAAACCCUCAAAUCCUUAAACCCCUAAAGAGAGACUCACAAACAACUUCGUCUCUCUCAAGUCUUAAUGGAUCCUCAAGACAACAACAAUGUCUUCAAUGACAAUUUCGACAUAUGCCAACAACUCCUCCAACGUUACGGCAAAUCCUCAGCACCCCAACAUCGUCAUCUCUGUGCUAUUGCAGCCGCCACUCGUUCCAUUAUACAAGCUGAGUCUUUACCAAUAACCCCCUUUUCUUACUUCGCCGCUACAAUUUCCACAAUUUCAAAUUCUCAAGAUUCUCUUGACCCACAAGCUUUAUCUGGGUUGUCUUCCUUUUUGUCUAUUGUUAUUCCUUUAGUUCACAAUGAAGAUGUUUCUUCAGAUAAAGUUGCUGAGGCAAUUGAGGUUCUUGUGGGUCUUCUUGAAAAGGAAACAGUAGAGAGUGAAAGUAGUUUGGGGACUUCUACUGUGAGGGCUUUUGUUAAGUGUUUGGGGGUUUUAAUUGGGUUUUGUGAUAAGGAAGAUUGGGAUUCUGUGAAAGUGGGGUUUGAGAUACUUGUGAAGUUCGCCAUUGAUAAGCGUCCAAAGGUGAGGAAAUGUGCUCACGAUUGUAUUCUGACUGUUUUUAAGUCAUUUGUUUCAUCUUCUGUGGCUAAGAAGGCUGGUGAAAGAAUUUACUCCUUGAUAAAGGGUAACAUUGCAUUGGCAAUGAAACUAAGUGCUCCAAAGGAAAUAAGUGGAUCUAAAGAUGAGCAUCAAGAGGUGCUUCAUUCCCUGAAUAUCCUGAAGCCUAUCAUCCCGUACCUUAGAGUCAAAGACAAUGAGAAGGUACUUGCUCAACUACUGGAGCUUAUGAGGUCCCAAAGCUCGGCAUUCACAAGACACAUUUUUGAUAAUAUUGGGGCGAUAUUAGAUGUUUCAAAGAUUAAAAUCAUUCUUCUAGAAGCUGACACUAUUAUAAAAGCUCUUGCAUCAUACAUGUUGUCCGCGGAGACCCCUGCUGAGAAUGUAUUGUUUGCCGCAACUUUAGCAAAAGGCAUCAUUGACAAACUCCAUGAUGGCGGAAUGAGUGCUUGGGUUACCUAUUUGCCUUUGGUUGUCGGCUCCAUAUCAGGUCUUCUUACACGUCCAGAAAAUAUCGCUUUACCGGCCUCAAUUAUUUUGAAAGAAAUGAUCAAUGCUCAUAUUGAUGUGAAAGAGUUUUUGACCGGUAAAAAGCAGGCAGUGGAUGAUGCGGCUCUCAGUUCUUCUGAAUUUGAAACAGUGAAAGCUAUUUGUUUAGUCUUUGAAAACAUGCUUCUCAGCUCUUCUGAAUACCCAAACGACCAUAUACUGGCAGUCCUGUCUGUCAUGUUCCUUAAAUUGGGUGAGGUUUUGGACUUCUGUGCGAAGGAUAUAAUACUUAAACUUGCUGAUUGGAUGAUUGUUGCCUCUGGGGAUGCUGCUUAUGAUACAAAAAAUCUUCAGGACUGCAUAGGAUCAGCUGUUAUUGCUAUGGGACCAGAGAAACUGCUUGCCCUGUUACCCAUCUCCCUGAAUUCGAAGGAUUACUCUUUUACAAACAGUUGGUUGGUUCCUGUUUUAAAUAAAUAUAUAUGUGGAUCAUCACUUGAGUUCUUUAUGAAGCACGUGGUGCCACUUGCUGUGUCCUUCGAACAGGCAUCGUGUAAAGUUAAAAAGUCAGUAAUUCGAGAGAGACUUCUGGCUUAUGCCCGUGAGUGUUGGGGACUAUUACCUGCCUUUUGUCGCUGUCCAUCUGAUGUUCACAAGAAUGCCCAAGCUUUGACUACACUUUUGAUUCCUUUUCUAAAGGAGGACUCCUUUAUGCUUGAGAAUAUUUCUGCAGCUUUGCAGGAACUGGUGAAUAAGAAUAAAAAGGCACUUGCUUCUGAUAACUUUUCUGGAGAGCCUACAGUUCACCAAACGGAGAACGAAAAUCUUGAUUUGGCAUUGGAGUUGAAACGCAAAUGCUCUUACUCAAAGAAGUCUUCUAGCAAAAAUAUUAAGGCUUUGUCAUCUUGCUCUGAGGAAUGGCUCCGGGCUUUAAUUAAUGUCUUUUUUAAGGCAUCUCCUGCAAAUUACCAGCAGUUCAAGGAGGCAAUAAGGUGCUUGACGUCCAUCACAGAUUCUUCGUUAACCCAAAGGAUUUUUACUUCUUCAAUGGAGAGAGCUGGGAUUACAAAUGAAAUUGGUGAAUACCAGAAGCUUGGACUUCAUUCAACAGACAAUAAAGAGAAUAGCUCCACUCUUCUUGGGGAAGUAGCUAAGAGGUGCAUUAUCUUGGAGUUGGGAUCGUGCUUCGUUGAAGGAUCUGGCGAGGAUCUCAUUAAAGUCCUCUUUGGUAUUGCUAGGGAUGUUUUGGAGACUACUCAUGGAGCUGGUCAUCUUGAAGCAUAUCACAUUCUAAGUAGAAUAUUAGAGCAACAUUCCUGGUUUCACUCUUCACAUGCUGAGCAGCUGAUGGAUUUGUUAGCUAGGGUGAAGCCUCCAACUGAUACAAAAACACUUACAAGUCGCUUUGCCUUUUACAAAUCCUUGUUGAUUGAUGCAUUACAGGGUAAUGACGAGGAAAACACCCAGGCCUUUCUCAUUCUGAAUGAAAUUAUUCUCGCAUUAAAAGAUUCCACAGAAGAAGGUAGAAAGACAGCAUAUGAUGCCCUUAUUGGUGUAUGUUCUAGCUUGAGAGACUCUUCAUCUGCUAAGUCGGAUGAAUCUUAUAAGAAGUUCGUUGAUAUGAUUAUAGCUUACCUUUCUGGUUCAUCACCGCAUAUAAAAAGUGGAGCAGUCUCUGCACUUUCUGUUCUGGUUUAUAGUGAUGUCAAUAUCUGUCUCUCAGUCCCUGAUCUGGUCCCUUCCGUUCUGACUCUGCUGCAGAGUAAAGAUGUCGAAGUUACAAAAGCUGUUCUGGGAUUUGUUAAAGUAUUUGUAUCUAGUAUUCAAGCAAAUGACCUGCAUAAUUUGCUUUCAGACAUUGUCAACGGAGUGCUACCUUGGUCAUCUGUGUCACGCCAUCAUUUUAGAUCAAAGGUCACCGUAAUCGUGGAGAUCUUGAUGAGGAAGUUUGGAGUUGCUGCAGUUAAGUCAGUUGCAGCUGAGAAGUACAAAAAUUUCCUCAAGACAGUCUCAGAGAAUCGCCAUGGCAAGUCAAGCUCUAAAGAAGAUGGUAGUGCUGAGAUGGAAUCAAUUCCUUCGGAUUCAAGGAAGCAACAUAAAAGGAAGGAUAGAGAAUCUAGUGAUUCAUUCAAGGAAAAGAAUUCCAGGGAACCUCACAAAAGAAUGAAGAGAAAGGAGGGUGAAAAAGAUUCAUCCACAAAUUUUACCAAGAAAGGAUUCAUGGGAGGUAAAGCAAGGAAUAGUGAGAUGAAAAGGAAGAACAACACUAACGAUGAACCUUAUAGGAAGCUGGUUAACAGAACGAAAGAAUUUGGACGUCGCAAACAGGAAGGUAGUAAAACACCACCGCAGAAGAGGGGUGGCUUCCCGGGGAAGGGAAAGAUAGACAGGCAAAAAAGACCAGCUGAUGGUAUGCGAGGCUCAGGUGCUAAUAGACGACAGAGAACUAACAAAAACAGCUAGCAAGUAUACUGAUCUUAAAAAAGAAACAGUUUGCAAGAUCCCUCGGAUAGAGAGACGAAGAACAGUCUCUUGUAUCAAAGUAGAUUGAAACGAUGCAUGGCUUCUGCUCGGAAGAUGGAUUCUAGGCAUCACAACAGUUGCUGCUACUGGAAGAUAUCAACCCACAAUGUGUCAAUGCACAAAUCAUACUACAUAUGGUGCAAUUUGGCUUGUGUACCAUCAAUCAAGUUUUUGUUUUAUUUUGGUCAUAGUCUUAGUUGCAAUUUUGUAUUUGAUUAUAGUGUUUUUAGGUAAUAUGUUGUAGUUGGGAACAUAAUGCCUAUUGAUAUAAAUCUAUUUGAUUUUGUCUAGAAAUGAUGUUGAAUGGGGUGAGACACUUGUUUUGGAAAAAUUGUAUAUUCUUGGACUUGUAACCUUUGUGUUAUUGACUAUAUUUUAAUCUACACGCUACUCAUCGAAAA